CAAAAAAAAAAACUCUUUCGCUCACCUCGCUCGGCUUUUUUCGUGAGUAAAUUCGUGCGGAUGACGAGAGUCCAUCCGAAUGCAAACGCUGCCGUCCAUAACGCUGUUAAGGAGAGGGAGGAGACGGCGUUAACGGGGAGAGAAGCCGAGGAGACGGAAGUGCUGACGGUUUGGCGGAAGUCGCUGCUAUUUAACGGUAACGGGUUCACGGUAUUUGACGGUAAAGGGGAUCUGGUGUUUAGAGUCGAUAACUAUGCGUCGGAGAAUAAAGGGGAGAUCGUGUUGAUGGAUGCCUCGGGGAAACCGCUGCUAACGAUCCGACGGAAGAAGCUGAGCCUCGGCGACCACUGGCUGAUCUAUGACGGCGAAGAAUCAACCAACCCCCGGUUCUCCGUCAAGAAACAAAUCAACUUCCUCCCCACCAAAACCUUAGCCCACAUCAACCACUGCUACUCCCUCAAGUCCAGCAGCCGCAGCAACUCCCCAUGCUCCUCUCCAAGAUCCCCCUUCAGCAGCGGCUCGUCCUCGCCCUGCUCAUCACCGAGGGCAGGCUCAACCCCAACAUUCGAGGUCGAGGGAUCCUACACCCAGCGCUGCUGCGUGAUAUACGAUGACACUCGACGGAAGAUUGCGGAGAUUAAAAGGAAAGAAUCCAGCGGUGGAGUUGCGUUCGGGCUUGACGUGUUCAGGCUCAUUGUGCAGCCUGGGUGUGAUGCUGCGACUGCUAUGGCGAUUGUUAUUCUUCUUGAGCAGAUGUUUGGCUCCCGGAGCUCGUCGCUGCUCAUCAAGGGUUAAAAAAUUGCAGAUGUACCGUCCGUGCCAGGGGAAUUAGCUAUUUUUUUUAAAACUAUUUUAUUAGCGCUUAAAUCAUUUGAUGUCUAAACGGAAUUCUAAUUUUUAACCGAAUAGGAUUCCGUUUUGAAAUCAAGAGUGUGAAAGUGCUAAUAAUAUAAUUUAGGAUGGUAAAUGGCUAGUCCUCUGCAAUUCAGCGUAUAUUCUACAAUUAACAACAAAAAGGAACACCUUUUUUUAUUUUUUUUUUUUUUUUUUUUUUUAUUUUUUUUUUUUUUUUUUUUUUUUUCUGUUAUCACCGAGAAAGAUCUCGGUGUUCUUUUUUUUUAUUUAGAUUUUUCAUUUGGCUUCCGGUGGCUGUGUAGUAUUUGUGGAAAGGGCCGUGGAAGUUACAAGCGCUUAAGAAAAUUUUGGUGUCACAGAUUAUAUAUGAAUAUAUAUCGUUGCUGCCUUUAUUGUGUCA